UUCGCCGCUGGGUGUCGCUGCUUGAGCAGGUACGCGUGUGAAUAUCAGCCGAGGAAACGGUAAUGAUGGCGGCGACCUGUUCGUGGGAUCCAUGUGAAGAAACAGGGCAGGACGCUCUUAUUGUUAAAUUUUCUAAUGGACACGUGAAAAAAGCAGAAGAGCUGGACUUCAAACUCUUCAAACACUCAGAUGGUAUCAAUCCCAGAAAGAAAACCCGACGCAUUGUGGUUGCAGAAUCAGACAGGCUUCCCUAUGUUGGGAGCAAUUUUGGGUCUGGAUCAUUACAGUGUAAUAAUCUGUGCAGGUAUUUUGUGGGAGUACUUGACAAGAGAACUAUGAAAAUGAAAGUUCAUAAUGCUCAGCUGUUCAAUAUGCUUCCUGUUAUACCAGGUGAAUCAGCAGUAAAUGAAAACACAAAGCAAGCUGAUACAUACAGAGAAAAGGUGGAUGCUCUUAUUGAAGCUUUUGGGACGACUAAACAGAAGCGUGCUCUGAGCUCCAGGAGACUCAACGAAGUGGGCAACGAGACUCUUCAGCAGGCUGUGGCACUGGCUGCUACCAAUGUCAUAAACCAGAAAGGAGUGGAAGCUCUGCGUAAUGAAGUGGUUGAAACUGAGGCUCAGACAGAUACAGCCCUCUUCCUCCCUUCAUGCAACACUGAGGCAGAUAAAGCAGAAGAUGUGUACCCCUUUGACCAACUUUUGUCUCCAAAUGAGUUUGAUUCUCUGAAGGAUGUUGGAGAAAAGAUGGCAGCGCUGACCCCUGAAGAACUGCAGAAGAUGAGAGCUGAGAACUGUCCACAGACUGUUCUUAGACAUCUUGAAUUACUUCCCAAAGAGGAUGCAGCUCGUGACAGACAGUCUCGAUGUGCCUGGUACCUGUCCUUCCUUAUCAAAGCCUCGCUACAGAAACGUCUCUCCUUCAAAUUUGGUAUUGAGGAUGAAUGUCCCAGAAUCAUUAUCCAAAAUGUGCUGAAGAAUUUCACAGUGGAGAGUUUCCACCAUGGCAGCCUCAGGAGCACUGUGUCUUCGUCCAUGCGUAUUAAAAUGGUUGCUCACUGUUUGGCUUUACUGCUGCACAUGGGUGAUCAGACGGCUAACCUUACACUCCUACACAGAGACAUGGGCAUCAGUGAUGCCAAGUAAGUCAAAUGUAUUAUUAUAC